AUGGAUGGCCUUUGUUUGAAAACAACUGCGUCAGGGAUACAUGGGAUACCUUCCACGAUUUCAGCGGCUGCAGCGCUCGACAUCCGUACCAACCCAUCUCCAUCUCAGGUGAGCGCCAUUGGGAGAUCCACCUCCACUGCCGGGGUAGACAAGUCCACUACAACCACGGCUCACAAGAAGACGACCCCCUUUUCUAGGUUCUCGUUCAAGCACCCCUUGCAGUCUUUAUGGCCUGGAGGAUCAAGAGCAAGAGGAGGUGGACCCACCUACAACGGGAAUGGGAUGCCUCUCGACGACGCCGACGCCGUCCCUUUCGAGGCGGAGGCGGAGGAGGAGGAGGAGGAGGAGGGCCAGAGUGCGACAAUGGAGUCGGACGGUCAUAGCGGCAACUGGGUCUUGAAAAUUUUGCACGUGAGGUCUCUCUCUCUGCGGAGAGGGAGAGAGGAACAGGGGGGUGGUAAGAGUAGUGGUGGUGUUUCAGAGCUUCGCAGGGAAGAUGAGAAAACCGUUCUCCGUGAUGACGGAAAUGGGCCUGGCUCUGAGGGAGAUGAUGACGAAAAUGAUUGUUGUAGAGUUUCAGACGACGAAGAUGAUGUAGCGGCGGCUGAGUUUGAUAAAGAUUCGUUUUCGAGGUUGCUUCGGAAGGUUUCGUUGGCGGAAGCGAGGUUGUACGCUCAAAUGUCGUAUAUGGGGAACUUAGCAUAUUCCAUUCCUAAAAUCCAGCCAGGAAAUCUCCUAAGACGUUAUGGUCUGCGCUUUGUUACUUCGUCGAUAGAGAAGAAGGAACUGACUGCUAAAACUGAGAAAGAUCAAGUGUCAGCUGAAAUUCAAGAAACAGGGAAAAACCUAGAGGAAGACAGGGAAGAAGAUGCAGAAGGGAAGGAGCAAAAGAACAACGGAUACCGAAUAAGUGCAUCUGCUGCUUAUCAGAUUGCUGCUUCUGCAGCUUCCUAUCUGCAUUCUCAUACAAGGAGCAUACUUCCAUCCAAAUGUUCAGAGGCUGAGGCUGAGACUGAUAAAGACUCACCUGAAGAAAGCAGUGGAAGAAGUGACGUUGUUAAUAGGAUGAACUCAGAAGUGGCUUCCUUAAUGGCAACCACUGACUCAGUGACAGCUGUGGUUGCUGCAAAGGAAGAAGUAAAGCAGGCUGUUGCAGAUGACUUAAAUUCAACGUGUUCAUCACCUUGCGAGUGGUUUAUAUGCGAUGACAAUCAAAGAGGCACCAGAUUCUUUGUCAUUCAGGGUUCUGAAUCACUGGCAUCCUGGCAAGCAAAUCUACUCUUUGAGCCCAUUCAGUUUGAGGGACUGGAUGUGCUUGUGCAUAGAGGCAUAUAUGAGGCUGCGAAAGGGAUUUAUGAACAGAUGCUGCCUGAAGUCCAUGCCCAUCUCAAAUCUCGUGGUGACCAUGCAACCUUUCGUUUUACUGGGCAUUCUUUAGGGGGAAGCUUAGCACUACUAAUAAAUCUCAUGUUGCUUAUACGACUUGAAGUGCCAAUUUCUUCAUUACUUCCUGUUAUAACUUUUGGUGCGCCAUCCGUCAUGUGUGGAGGUGAUCAACUGCUUCGCAAACUUGGAUUACCACGGAGUCAUGUUCAGGCUAUUAUGUUGCACAGAGACAUUGUACCCCGUGCAUUCUCUUGCAAUUAUCCAAAUCAUGUGGCAGAACUUCUCAAGGCUUUAAAUGGGAACUUUCGGAAUCUUCCCUGUCUCAGUAACCAGAAGCUAUUGUACUCUCCGAUGGGGGAGCUCCUGAUUCUUCAACCAGAUGAAAAAUUCUCGCCAAACCAUCACCUUCUUCCUUCAGGCAGUGGUCUAUAUCUUCUCAGCUGUCCGUUGUCAGAUGCCAGUGAUGCAGAGAAGCAGCUCCGAGAUGCACGGUUGGUAUUCUUAAACUCACCACACCCACUUGAGAUCCUAAGUGAUCGGUCUGCAUAUGGUUCGGAAGGAACCAUUCAAAGAGAUCAUGACGUGAGUUCAUACUUAAAAUCUGUUCGUGAGGUGAUUCGCCAAGAGCUUAACCAGAUGAGGAAGGCCAGGAGACAGCAGCGCCUCAAGGUUUGGUGGCCCCUCGUAGCUCUCCGUAGUGUGCAUGGAGGUGUGAUUGUGGGAAGGCCUGAAGCAUCAUUCAAUAUGGGGCACGAGCAGUUGAACUUUUCUGGCAUGCUACAAACAGGAAAAGAGUCGUUGAAACGGUUCAGUAGGCUGGUUGCAUCGCAGCAUAUGCAUUUGUUUGUGGUGCUUCUGGUACCUGUGCGACUGUUACUGUUGGGGGCAUACAGCGUGAUCAGUUUGCGGUGA